CUAGCUUCUCAGGGUGAGGGUGAGCUAUCUGAUGCUGCCUGGAGACCAAUUGAACUCCUCUGCUUCAAAGACAAAGCUCAGAUUUCUCACCUUCGAACGAGGCAUUUGCAGAAAUCUUGGACAGGCCGGCUCCUGCUGCCCCAGGACUGGACUGUGCACCACCAUUGGCUGGCUGAAUGAAUGACUCUCAAACUUGUCCAUCUAUUAUGCAUGUCAGUUUACCUUUAGUGCGUUCUUGAGCUCAUUUCCCAGGUAAGCACAGCUGAGAGGGAGCCUGUCAGCAUCAAGACUCGGACUAUCCAAAGAAAAGCUCUGUUAUCCCCAGAAAACCAGAGGCAGCCUGAGGGGAGCCAGACAUGGAGCUUAUUGGAUCCACUCUGACAGCCACGUAUGCUCGGCCAAAGACCAGCCACUUCCUCCCUGCUAUCUCGACUAUGGCAUCCAGCUAUCGCAACACCCAGCCUGCCUUGGCCAUGAAUCCCAGUGCCAACCUGUGGAGGACCAACAACUAUUACAAGAGCGCUGUCCCAGCCCCCUCCUCUAUACAGAGAGAGAAUUUUGACCUGGUCCGAGCCAAGACCAUGUUCUACCCCUCCAACAGGACGGCGCUGAGCACCCGCUACACACCGGACGACUGGUACAAGUCCAACCAAAACAACUACAGGGAGUCCGAGUCAUCGCGGAACAGCGCAGAGAGGCUGAGGAGGGACACCAUCAGGCUGAUGCAGGAUAGGGAGCAGGUGACGAGACGAACCCAGGAAAACACCAGCAAGAACAUUGGCGAGCGGCUCAACGACAUUGUCUUCUGGAAGUCUGAGUUGAGCCAUGAGAUUGACAACAUGGUGACAGAGAUAGCUGCACUCAGCGAGGUCAAGAGGAGGCUGGAGAGAGCCUUGGCAGAGACUGCGGGGCCCCUUCAGGUGUCUCAAGAGUGUUUGUACCACAGAGAGAAGCGGAUGUCCAUCGAUCUGGUACAUGAUGACGUAGAGAAAGGCCUCAUAAAGGAAGUGGAAGUCAUCAAGUCAUGUCAGGAGAGGAUGAGGCGACUUGUGGAGAGAGCCAUCGCUCAGCUGGCGUCAAACCGAGCCGCCCAGCAUGAAUUGGAGAGAGACAUGAGUGACAAAGUGACAGCUCAGAGGAUUGAUGACAGGUGUCAUCACCUGAGGAACACAUCAGACGGUAUCGGCUACUACAGAGGCAUUGAAAGGCUUGACCCCUCACUCUCUCUGCCUGACUCGUGGUCCAAGUUCACGGACGACAACAUCCUGCUCUCUCAGGGCGAACGUGCCGCCUCCCACAAGCUCAGGGACGAGAUCGAGAUCCUGCUGAACACCACGUCCAACGACAUGUGGAACCAGUUCAACAAUGUCAACAUAGCCUUCACCAACCGCAUAUCGGAGACCGCUGAUGCUAAAAACAGCCUGCAAACACACCUGGCGAAGACUCUGCAGGAGAUCUUCCAGACAGAGAUGCUGAUCGAGUCUCUGAAGAGGGCCCUCAGGGAUAAAGAGUGUCCACUGAAAGUGGCCCAAACAAGGCUGGAGGAGAGGACCCGCAGGCCCAACGUGGAGCUCUGCAGGGACAACCCACACCACAGACUCGUCAGUGAGGUGAGAGAGAUCGAGGACACCAUCCAGAAGCUUCAGGAGAGGCUGACGGAGGCUGAGAACACCCUGCAGAAUCUGGUCAAGACCAGAGUCGUCCUGGAGCACGACCUGUCCGUCAAGGCCAACUCGCUCUUCCUGGAGCAGGAAAAGUGCAUGAGCAUGCGCAAGAGCUUUCCCAGCAUGCCCCGUCUGGUGGGCUACACUUAAAUCACUUGAGACUUUGAAAAUUGGAGCUUGAAGGACCAAUAUAAUCAACUGUCUGUUGAUAGUGUUUGACAGACUGUUUUGAAGGUAUUGAAGUGGUUUAAAUGGAAGUCUGGGUGUUUGGAAUUGAAGCAAAAUUACUUAAAGGGUAACUCCAUCAAUUUUACACAAGUGUGUUUACAGGUACAACAAAAUAUCAGCGUGAAAGUAGUAUUAAGCCUUUCGGGGCUUCAGAGGAACCUGCAUGUAAAUCUGAUAAAUUGCCUCCAGUGGUGUCAGUCAGUGGCAAAGUUGCAUUGUGGGUAAUGUAGGCACACAUUUUGAUGUGAAAAAUUGGUGGAGUUACCCUUUAACUUUAUAGGCACUGAUGUCAGAAUCUAAUUAUCAUCAAUGGAUUGUCUUGAUAAUGUGUACUCGUAGUGUUGAAUCUGGGAUGUAACAAAAACAAAAUAAAAUGAUGAAGUC